CUACCCCGGCAGCGGGGCCCGGCCUGGAGGAGCGGCUCUUCCAGCAAGUGCGGGACCACUUCAGCUUCGAGGCCUGUGGCAAAGAGACCUUCCCACAGCGGUACCUGGUCUCAGCAAAGUUCUGGAAGAAAGGAUUUGGACCCAUCUUUUUCUAUACUGGCAAUGAAGGUGACAUCUGGACUUUUGCUCAGAACUCUGAUUUCAUAUUUGAAUUAGCAGAGGAACAGCAAGCACUUGUGAUUUUUGCUGAGCAUAGGUACUAUGGGAAGUCUCUUCCAUUUGGACUUGAGUCAACACAGCUGAAGAAGACUGGUCUGCUUACCGUGGAACAAGCCCUCGCUGACUAUGCAGUGCUAAUUACUGAGCUUAAGCAGCACUAUGGUGCUGCAGACUGCCCUGUCAUUGCUUUUGGAGGCAGCUAUGGAGGAAUGCUGAGCGCUUACAUGAGAAUGAAAUACCCAAACAUUGUGGCCGGAGCAUUAGCUGCCAGCGCUCCUCUGUUGUCUGUGGCUGGGCUUGGAGACCCCACCCAGUUCUUCAGAGAUGUAACAGCAGAUUUUCAGAAGUGCAGCCCAGCCUGUGUCACAGCUGUCCGCAAAGCCUUCCAGCAGAUUAAGGAUCUGUGCCUGAGCGGAGCCUACAAUGAAAUCAGCAGCAAAAUGGCUACAUGCAAUAAGAUCUCUAACAAGGAGGAUGUUUACCAGCUUUUUGGGUUUGCUAGAAAUGCCUUCACCAUGAUGGCCAUGAUGGACUACCCUUACAAAACCGAUUUCAUGGGUCACCUCCCUGCCAAUCCAGUGAAGGUUGGCUGCGAACAAAUCCUUGCCCACACAGACCCAAUUCAAGGCCUGGCUGCUCUUGUUGGGGUGUUUUACAACUCCUCCGGCUCGGCACAGUGUUACGACAUAUACCAGCUGUACCAGUCCUGCGCUGAUCCCACGGGCUGCGGCAUCGGCUCAGAUGCUGAGGCCUGGGACUACCAGGUUUGCACUGAGAUUAACUUAACUUUCAACAGCAACAAUGUGACCGACAUGUUCCCCGAAAUGCCCUUCACAGAGGCCAUGCGAGAGCAGUACUGUCAGAGCAAAUGGCACGUGAAGCCACGAGCACACUGGCUGCAGACAAACUUUUGGGGAGGAGAUCUGAGAAGUGCAAGCAACAUCAUUUUUUCAAAUGGAGACUUGGACCCGUGGGCUGGAGGUGGGAUAAAUAGCAGCCUCAGUCCUUCACUAAUUGCACUGACCAUUAAAGGAGGCGCUCAUCACCUAGAUCUUAGAGGACACAAUCCAGCUGACCCCCCAUCCGUCACAGAGGUGCGCAAGCUCGAAGCGAGCAUCAUCAAUGGCUGGGUCAAAUCUGCAGGGAUGGAAAGAGCACGGGAGAAGCACUCAGGAGCUUCAGCGGGCAGAUGGCUGUGA